AUUUUGAUAAACCUGCAAAAACUGAUCAUGAGAAAAGACUCAAAAGAAAAGUCUUUGAAUAUUUUCUUUAUAAAAUAGCAAGAUAUAAUGGAAUGAUCAUUAAGAUGAACCAAACUUUUAUUUCUUUUUUUAAAGAAAUUUAUAGAAAAUUAUCUGAUGGAUGUGCAGAUAUUCAUG